GAAGCAAUCCAGUGGUAUGAUGGAUUUGGCUUAUGUCUGUGAGUGGGAGAAAAGGCCCAAAAGCAAUCAUUGCCCCUCCAUUCCAUUGGUCUGUGCCUGGUCCUGCCGAAACCUCAUAGCUUUCACCACAGAUCUGAAGAAUGAAGAGGAGAAAGAUCUGACCCACAUGAUUCAUAUUUUGGAUACAGAGCAUCCCUGGGAUGUGUAUUCCAUUAACUCAGAACACAAUGAAAUGAUCACUUGCUUGGAAUGGGAUCAGUCUGGCUCCAGGCUCCUGUCAGCCGAUGCUGAUGGACAUGUGAAGUGUUGGAGCAUGUCUGAUCAUCUGGCCAAUAGCUGGGAGAACACAGUGGGCAGCAUGGUGGAAGGUGACCCCAUAGUGUCUUUGUCCUGGUUACAUAAUGGUGUGAAGCUUGCUCUACAUGUGGAGAAGUCUGGUGCCUCAAGUUUUGGUGAUAAGUUUUCUCGAGUCAAGUUCUCCCCCUCUCUGACACUUUUUGGUGGGAAGCCCAUGGAAGGUUGGAUUGCAGUGACCAUCAGUGGACUGGUGACUGUCUCCCUACUGAAGCCCAAUGGGCAGGUGCUGACAUCCACAGAAAGCCUGUGCCGUCUGCGCUGCCGCGUGGCCCUUGCAGACAUCGCCUUCACGGGUGGUGGAAACAUCGUGGUGGCUACAUCUGAUGGCAGCAGCACCUCCCCUGUCCAGUUUUACAAGGUGUGUGUCAGUGUCGUGAAUGAGAAGUGCAGAAUUGACACGGAGAUCCUGCCGUCCCUCUUCAUGCGCUGUACAACAGACCCAGCACGGAAGGACAAGUACCCCGCCAUCACGCACCUGAAAUUCCUUGCCAGAGACAUGUCAGAGCAGGUGCUUCUGUGUGCCUCUAACCAGAUGAGCAGUAUUGUGGAAUGUUGGUCCCUGCGGAAGGAGGGCCUGCCUGUGAACAACAUCUUCCAGCAGAUCUCCCCUGUGGUUGGAGAGAAACAGCCGAUGAUCCUUAAGUGGCGGAUUCUGUCAGCGACCAAUGAUCUGGACCGUGUGUCUGCUGUGGCCCUGCCCAAGCUGCCCAUCUCACUCACCAAUACUGACCUGAAAGUGGCGAAUGACACCAAGUUCUGCCCUGGAUUAGGUCUAGCAUUGGCUUUUCACGAUGGCAGCGUCCACAUUGUCCACCGACUCUCUCUGCAGACGAUGGCCAUGUUCUAUGGCUCUUCUUCUCAGCGCCCAGUUGAUGAACAGGCCAUCAAAAGGCAGCGGGCUGCUGGCCCCUCCAUCCACUUUAAAGCCAUGCAGCUCUCCUGGACCUCGCUGGCACUUGUAGGCAUUGAUAACCACGGAAAGCUAAGCAUGCUCCGCAUCUCACCCUCCAUGGGCCACGCUCUGGACAUGAACAUGUCCCUCCGCCACCUGCUCUUCCUCCUGGAGUACUGCAUGGUGACGGGCUAUGACUGGUGGGACAUCCUGCUGCACGUGCAGCCCAGCAUGGUGCAGAACCUGGUGGAGAAGCUCCAUGAAGAGUACAUGCGCCAGAACGCGGCGCUGCAGCAGGUUCUCUCCACUCGCAUUGUGGCCAUGAAAGCUUCCCUCUGUAAGCUCUCCUCCUGCACUGUGGCCCGGGUCUGUGAUUACCAUGCCAAGCUCUUCCUGAUUGCCAUCAGCUCCACACUGAAGUCGCUGCUCCGUCCUCAUUUCCUGAACACUCCAGACAAGAGCCCUGGUGACCGGCUGACUGAAAUUUGCAGCAAGAUCACUGACGUGGAUAUCGACAAGGUAAUGAUCAACCUGAAGACAGAAGAGUUUGUGUUGGAGAUGACAACCCUGCAGUCUCUGCAGCAGCUUAUCCAGUGGGUGGGAGACUUUGUGCUCUACCUCUUGGCCAGCCUGCCCAACCAGGGCUCUCCUGUGCGCCCAGGCCACAGCUUUCUACGUGAUGGGGCUUCCCUGGGCAUGCUCCGAGAAUUGAUGGUCGUUAUUAGGAUCUGGGGCCUAUUGAAACCGAGCUGCCUGCCCAUUUAUACCGCGACCUCUGACACCCAGGAUAGCAUGUCUCUCCUCUUCCGGCUCCUGACAAAACUCUGGCUCUGCUGUCGGGAUGAGAACCAUCCCUCGGAGCCCGAUGAGACCCUGAUUGAUGAGUGUUGUCUCCUCCCGAGUCAGCUGCUCAUUCCCAAUCUGGACUGGCUGCCCAUUAGCGACGGCAUCAUCAGCAAACUCCAGAGCAAGCAGCUGGUGCGGCUCCAGUUUGGGAAGGCACCAGGGCUGCUCGGCUAUGCUGGCACCCCGCCUUUUGAUGUCCUUGCUAGGGCCCCCGGGCAGCCGAAGAUCGACCACCUCAGGAGACUGCACUUGGGGGCGUACCCCACUGAGGAGUGCAAAUCCUGCACCAGGUGUGGCUGCGUCACUGUGCUCAGGUCCCCCCACAAGGCAACAGCAGUGAAGCAGUGGGAACAGCGUUGGACCAAGAACUGUUUGUGUGGGGGCCUGUGGCGCCGGAUGCCCGCCAGCUACUCCUGACCAAGAGGGGGCCUGCAGAGGCCCUGGGCUGGCCCACCUCUACUCUGCCCAUGCCUGCAUCCCAGAAGGGACCUGGCUCCAAGCCAUGGAGUCUGCAGCCAGCAUCUCCCAGCAUGGCAUUUUGUAAAUAUGUUUGUAAUAUGCUCUGUACAAAAAAAAGGUCUCUUUUGGGACUUCUUUCUCCUUGA